CACGUCGCGCUGUUCUCGCCAUCUUUCAACUGGGGAGUGCAGGAAGCGCUGAAAAUCGCGUCUCUUUCCCAGUUUUUGGGCCGUGACUGGUGUUUGUAGCUGAGUUCCAGUCGUUUCGUUAUCCUUUUUCUUUUCCCAGAAACGCUUCCUCUCCGCUGUUCCUCUCUCUGCGGACGCAAUCAUGAAUAUUUUCAGACUCACCGGAGAUCUCUCGCAUUUAGCUGCUAUCAUCAUCCUGCUGCUGAAGAUAUGGAAGAGCAGGUCCUGUGCCGGUAUAUCUGGAAAAAGCCAAAUUCUGUUUGCAUUGGUUUUCACAACACGCUACUUGGACCUUCUCACCUCAUUUAUCUCUCUGUACAACACUUCAAUGAAGAUUAUCUACAUUGGAUGUUCAUAUGCCACAGUGUACCUGAUCUAUGCCAAGUUCAAAGCCACCUAUGAUGGGAAUCAUGACACUUUCAGGGUGGAGUUCCUGGUCGUUCCUGUGGGCGGUCUCGCUUUUCUCGUCAACCAUGACUUCUCUCCUCUGGAGAUCCUGUGGACUUUCUCCAUCUACUUGGAGUCGGUGGCCAUCCUUCCUCAGCUCUUUAUGAUCAGUAAGACUGGGGAAGCUGAGACCAUCACCACGCACUAUCUGUUCUUCCUGGGCCUCUAUCGUGCCCUGUAUCUCAUCAACUGGGUCUGGCGCUUCUACUUUGAAGGCUUCUUUGACAUGAUUGCCAUUGUGGCAGGCCUCGUUCAGACAAUCCUGUAUUGUGAUUUCUUCUAUCUCUAUGUAACAAAAGUGUUAAAAGGGAAGAAGCUGAGUUUGCCAGCUUAAAUGAGUGAUAGAGACAGAGCUUUAGCGGUUGUGCGCGGAAGCGCAGGACGCCGCUGAUGCCGCGUUGGUGUAAGAUGCCUGAGGAGUGCAACAUGGAUCCAUUAUUUUCCUCAAACCCUGACCAGCUCUGGGACAGUUCUGGAUUCAAACUGUGGUAAUCGCACAACUCCUCCAGUAUCCACGUUUUACACGUUUCACCAUGUUUUUAUUACUUAUUAAGAUAAACGAAAUGAACCAUUUUCUAUUGGAAAUAUCACUUCAAUUUGGCAUCAAACAUAAAAUGCUGUAAAAUGUAUCAAAUUUGUCAGUGUAUAAUGGUCGAUAGGGAUUAUUCUUAUGCAGGGUAUUGUCUGUUUUUAAAAUGUUUGGAAUUUGAGUGAAUGUACCAUAUUUUCUAGAGUGUAAGACGCAAUUGUUGCUCUCUAACAGGCGCUGAAUUUUUUUUUUUUGCAAAAAUCCCAAUUGCGGAUAAUAACAGAUUUUACGGUUGUUGUGUUACUCCAGUAGUUACAGGAAGAUAAAGGAAAUGAAAUCGUCAGUAAUCAUCGUGCUGGUAAACAAAACUCUUGUUGUCAGGUGAUUAGAAAUUCCCAGCACGGCUAAGAGAUAGGAAAGGCAUGACGAGGCAUGCACAAGCUAUUUAGAACGUAAGCGCGGAGUUUCAGCUUUUACAGAACUCUAACAUUUAGCCAUGCUUACAGACAGACAUGUUCCAGACCUGACAGAGGGAAUUUACGGUAAGGACCGCAGCAAAUGGUUCAGCUCAGGAAACAAUACUGAUCCCCAGCAACACUAACAGGAAAAAAACUAAACAUCAUUAUACUGGUGACUGUUUCUGAAGUCAUUUCAGACGCAGUGAUAACAUUCCGUGAAACAAACAUCGUUGGUUCAUAAAAAUGACUUGCGCUGAAAAAACGUAUAAAUUGACUGGUAUUUUUUUUUUUACUCUGGAGCGACUUAUUUUCUGGAAAAUAUGGUACAUUAUUUAUUGAAAUUGCAGAGCUGAUUUGGUUGGAUUAAUUACUUUUUUUUUUUUUUUCUUUUAAACUCGAAGUACAUUUCUGUGUUAAUGAAGCCUAAUCUCAGUAUAGGGGUUUACCUCAUGGUCUGGUAAGCUGUUGUUCUUUUUAGAAUAAAAAAAAAAAAAGGCACCUUUGAGUGUUUUCCUAAACUUGUGAGAUUGACCAUUUUGGAAUAAUCGAAUUUGUAGCAAUGUGAGAGUGAACAGUUGAUAUCAUGCCCACCGGUCAUACUUGCAUUAGCUUGCAGUAUUGACACACUGCCUUAUUUUUAUUGUUUAAAUGGCUUAUUUUAUUAAUUGGGCAAUUUAUUUACUCAAAUAAUGCAUUUUGAUUUAUAUUUGCUUUCCCCUGUCUAAUUAUGUGAGCUGACUAACAUGUUAUCUGGUCACUCUCAAACUCUAUUGUAUGAAAAUUGUUACAUUUAUCAAGUUAGCAUAUAAGGUUGGAGAGGAAUUCACUGAUUUUUUUUUUUUUUUAUUGCAUUGAACAUUGAAUUAUUAUUUUGACCAACUUUGCCCACAGAGCUGUAAAGCAUGAUUUGUAUAUUGAGUUUUUCCUUAUAUAAGAAGUCUUAUUUGUAAUCUCUGAGGGAUGGGCAUUGUUGCAAAUUGGGAUAAAGAGUUUACUGAAUGGUGUUUAUGUCUGUUUCUAUUUUAAUUUCUGAAUCCUGAUUUUUUUCUUAUAGAGUUUUUUUUUUUUUUUAAUUAUUCUUCACAUGAUAUCCAUCUCAAAUAAAGAUCAUUUGAGAGACA